AGAGAGAGAGAGAGAGCGAGCUAUGAAGGAGACUUUGAGGCUGGACUACGAGAUCGGCCCAGAAAUCGGACGGGGCAGAUUCGGCACGGUGUACCGCUGCUCCUCUCUGGCCUCCGGUGAGGAGUUCGCCGUGAAAUCCAUCGACAAGGCCCUCCUCUCCGACACCCUCGACCGCGAUCUCGCCCUCCGGGAGGCCAAGAUCCACCAGAUCGCCGCCGCCGGCAACCCCCACGCCGUCCAGAUUCACGCCGCCUACGAGGACGCCGACUCCCUCCACCUCGUCCUCGACCUCUGCCCGGGGCCCGAUCUUUUCGCCCGCGUCUCCGACCGCGCCCCGCUUCCCGAGCGCGACGCCGCCGCCGUGAUGCUCCCGCUGAUGGAGGCGAUCGCCGCGUGCCACCGUCGGGGGAUCGCCCACCGCGACGUGAAGCUGGAGAACGUGCUCUUCGACGGCCGGGGAAAGCUGAAGCUGGCGGACUUCGGGUCCGCGGAGUGUUUCGAUGACGGGCGACGGCGGGCGAUGACGGGGCUGGUGGGGACGCCGUACUACGUGGCCCCGGAGGUGGUGGCGGGGCGGGAGUACGGGGAGAAGGUGGACGUGUGGAGCUGCGGGGUGAUCCUUUACAUGAUGCUGGGCGGGAUGGCGCCCUUCUGCGGGGAGUCGGCGGUGGAGAUCUUGGAGGCGGUGCUCCGGGGGAACCUCCGCUUCCCGCCGCGGAUAUUCCGGGGUGUGUCGACGGCGGCCAAGGACCUCAUAAGGAAGAUGCUCUGCAAGGACGUCUCCAGAAGAUUUUCCGCCGACCAAGUCCUAAGGCAUCCGUGGAUGUUGACCGGAGGAGAGCCGGCAUCGGAGGACUGAGAGGCGCAGCGGUUUCCAAUUUUCUCUUUUUUUUCUUCCUUAAAUUCCCUGCUCUUGUAGAUAAUAAUAAUUGUAAAGAUAUGAAAAAUAUUAUGUUUAUUGUAUAAAAAGGGCAUCGGUUUAUUUUUGGUA